AUGGAAACUCAAACUAACCCGAAGGAAGAACCGAAACUUGACAGUAUAGAAUUCAAGAAGCCAGUAUUAAUCGGACGUAUCGGUAAAUUACCUAAAAAAGCCAAACCCGAAGCAGAUAAGCCGUCUGAAGAUGAACAAAGCAACCCUGUUGACAAACACGAGGAAGGGGAAAAAGUGAAAAGUUCCUUACCGCCCGCUGUACUACUGAAGGAGUUAUCUGUUCCUAUACCUUAUAAAGAGCCAAAAUGGUCUGGUGUGUGUCCUGAUGGUACAGAUUAUGGCCUGGAAGUUUUAAAAUCGGGCAUGAUAAUGGAGAAAGUAGAGUUGACUAACAAACCAUAUUUUGUUAUUGGAAGACUCGCCAAUUGUGACAUUGUUCUGGCACACCCUACGAUAUCAAGGCAUCAUGCAGUUCUCCAAUACAAGGCUUUUGCUGAAGACAAUGAACCUGCCUCAGGAUGGUACUUAUAUGACCUUGGCAGUACACAUGGAACAUUCCUGAACAAAGAGACAUUAAGACAUAAGCAUUAUACAAGGGUUCGGGUUGGACAUCAGAUUAAAUUUGGAACAAGUACGAGGACUUAUGUCAUGUUGGGUCCUGAUUAUGAUUGUGAGGGUGAAUCUGAACUAACAGUAACAGAGAUCAAGAGGAGAGCAGAGCAGAUGAAGUUAGAGAGACAAAGAAUGAUUCAAGAAGCUAAGGAACAGAGAGAGAGAGAGCGAUUGGAGGAAGAGAAAAGGAAAGAAGAGCAGGGCAUUGAUUGGGGAAUGGGGGAAGAUGCAGAUGAAGCCACUGACCUAGCAGAUAACCCAUAUGCUGUGACUACUAAUGAAGAGUUAUACCUGGAAGACCCAAAGAAAACACUAAGGGGAUACUUUGAGAGAGAAGGCCAUGAAUUGAACUAUGAUUGUGAGGAAAGGGGUGUAGGACAGUUUAUUUGUAGAGUGGAACUGCCAUUGGAUGAUCCACAUGGUAGACCAGUAGUUGCAGAAGUCAUGCAUCGUGGAAAGAAGAAAGAAGCCGUGGUUGCUUGCGCUUUGGAAGCUUGUAGAAUCCUGGACAGAGCUGGUGUAUUGCGACAGGCUAAACAUGAAUCUCGUCGUAGGAAACAACGAGACUGGAGCGCGGAUGACUACUAUGAUUCAGAUGAGGACACAUUCUUGGAUAGGACUGGCAGUGUGGAAAAAAAGAGACAACAACGGAUGCGAAAACAUGGUGCUUUAGGGAGAGAGAGCGAGAAGCCCUUAACAUUUGAACAACUGUUAAAACAAAUAUCGGAACUAGAAGCAUCUAUAGAAUCAGAGUCCAAAUCUUUAGAACGUCUGAGAUCUAGCAAUCGGCAGAAGGAGAAUGAAGAUGAAGACGCACUAGAUGAGUUUAUGAAGACGCUUCCACAGAGUAUGGCCCACAAAGCUGACAUAUCAAACGCUAAGAUGAACAUACAAAAACUUAAAACGCAACUUGCGAAGACGCAGAGGUUGGCUGAGUUAGCACGGCCUGCUCAUGCGCCGCCUAUAAUUAAGAAGAAUGAAAGUACACCUUCAAUAAAGCAGACCAAUUCUGUUGUAUAUGGAAAAAGAAUAAAGUUAAAAGACAACAUGGAGAAAAAAUUAAAGGCACCACAAGAGACAAAGCAAGAGCAAGAUGAAAAUGAGUUUGUUGAGGAAAUGGAUUCAGACGAAGAACCAGAUCAACGUCUUGAUAAGUCAAAGUCUGAGAACAAAGUGCUUUCUGAUGAUGCAUCAAGCAGUAAAGAUAACACUGAAGAUAGUGGGAAACAAGAUUUAGUAACAACAGCUAACAACUCUUCACAUAUUAUAGAAGUAAAAGAAAAGAAGAUUUAUGGACCAAUGAGACCCCCAGAGAAUUAUGUAGUACCUGAAAGCUAUUUUGAUCAAGAAUCGGAUAGAGAUUUGCCCGAGAUUGAAGAAAAAGAUGUAUGA